AUGGAGCAGCUGACGGCGAAGACGAGGGCCUUCUCAGACGCGCUGCAGCAGGCGCAGCACAGAGCUGCGGUGGCAGAUCAGCAGCGAGAUGAAAUCGCAAGCUGCUUUGAGGCCCUCAGGGCAGAAAGGGAAAAACUUUUUAAAACGAACGACGAAAUUGCUCGAGAGCUGCAGUUGUUGACGGAGACGAACAAGGCCUCGGAAGGCGUGAUAGAGCGGCACCAAAUAAAGCUGCGGAUUUUGGAGGCGAAUUUGAGAAGACAAAGUGAGGCGAAAGCUGAGGCGGACAAAAAGCUGCAAAAGUUCAAAGAGAGGCAGGAGAAACAAGAAAGAAAACGCCUCUUGGCAGCCGCUGAGGAUCCUUCUUUGGCGAUUAACAACUUGCUGCAAGAAGAAAAUGAGACAAUGCGA